CUUUACAUGAUCCAAGCUACUCUGAUCCCGCUGGGUACGAAUAACCUGAAUCCCUCUCUCGAGUCUUUUAAUUAGAGACGGAGAGACGUCAAGAGACACGUUGCCAAGUACUCGCCGCAGCUCGGGCCGGUACUUGAUUCUAUCCUGGAGCUACGGAUACCCGCCCUGUACCUGGUCGUCUAUGCUCGUUCCCCAGUCGAGCUUACGCCAAUCAUCUCGGCCCUUGCUGAUCUGCUGUCCACCGACCGCCUCAACUUGGGAUGCCUCUUACAGCCUACUCACACCAUCUCAUUUGAACGCCUACGACGGUUCCAUAUGCACCUUGCCGAAGCUAUCUGAACUCUAGCUGUCACUCUGCCACAGACUUUUUAAAGGUGGCAGGUAUCCAGUUCUCGCCCUCCAGACCUUUGUGCCACUGCUCAUCUCAGCCUACUGCAUCCAUCAUCUCGUGAGACGGAACGACAAGCGACUAACCACAAAAAAAUUGGGCUGACAGAACUCCUUGAAUUCUCUCUCUCCCUCAUACCUGUCGCCGCCGGUCCUGCCCACUCACUUACUCCUGCCAAUAUUUCUCACUGCUAGUUACUACCACUUCUUUUUUUGUCGCGCUGUCAAUACGACUGAUUCGCCAUAGGGUCUCCGCUUGGCUCUCACUAACGAACCAUCCAUCCUUCAACCACCGCGGACCACUUUCGGCCUCCCUUGCCUCAGUUGCGCGCGACUCGGGGUGGUGUGAGUGAGACAGAACAGGGCACAGAUCGCCAAUGGCCUCGAUUUAGACGUGAUAGGGAUAUCCCAUAUCUGAGGUAAGAUUAAUUGCCCGACAUGAGCGUGUCUUGCGUGUGGGCAUCCAGCUAAACUCACUUUUAGGGCCACAUACUCUCUCCCUUGAAAGCCCAGCUGGCUUUCCCUACUUGUACUUCAACCUCGCACAAGCCUGACUCGCAAUCGAACCCGAACCUUAAACUCUCUUCGAGCUCCCGACACCGACCAGUCCGCACGACUUUCCUCAACCUCUCUCACACGCACACAACCAAACGACACGCCAAUUUACAACAGAGAUACCGUUCCGACCGUCGAAAUGACUCAACUCAACGGCCAGAACCGGGCGCCGAGCACCUACAGCAAUGGUCACGGCAAGUUCUUCCAGGAUGGAGGUAUUUGGAAGGAGGCGCCCUUGCUCAAGGGUACCACCAAAUUUGAGCCUCUUCCCGAUGUCAAGAACAUCAUGAUCACCGGCGGCGCAGGCUUCAUCGCAUGCUGGCUCGUCCGCCAUCUUACUCUCACUUACCCCGACGCAUACAACAUCAUCUCAUUCGACAAGCUGGAUUACUGCUCGUCACUGAACAACACUCGCGUUCUGAAUGAGAAGUCAAACUUCACCUUUGUCCACGGCGACAUCACCAACCCCACAGAAGUCCUGCACUGCCUGAAGCGGUACAACAUUGAUACCGUCUUCCACUUUGCCGCCCAAUCACACGUUGAUUUGAGUUUCGGUAACUCAUAUGGAUUCACUCACACCAACGUCUACGGCACCCACGUUCUGCUUGAGAGCGCCAAGAGCGUCAACAUCAAGCGCUUCAUUCACAUCUCCACCGAUGAGGUCUAUGGCGAGGUGAACGAUGACGAUGACGACCUCCUCGAGACCAGCAUUCUCGCACCCACGAACCCUUACGCUGCCUCCAAGGCUGCGGCCGAGAUGCUUGUCCAGUCCUACCAGAAGAGCUUCAAGCUCCCCGUUAUCAUCGUGCGCAGUAACAACGUUUACGGACCGCACCAAUUCCCCGAGAAAAUUAUCCCCAAGUUCAGUUGUUUGCUGAACAGAGGCCAGCCCGUCGUCCUCCACGGCGACGGAAGCCCCACCCGUCGCUACCUAUUCGCCGGCGACGCGGCUGACGCAUUCGACACCAUCCUCCACAAGGGCCAGAUGGGUCAAAUCUACAACGUCGGAUCCUACGACGAGAUCUCCAACAUUGACCUCUGCAGCCAUCUCCUCAAGGAGAUGAAGAUCCCCUUCUCCACGACAGACGAGUUCAAGAAGUGGGUUAAGUACACACACGACCGUCCCUUCAACGACCACCGCUACGCCGUCGACGGCACCAAGCUGCGCCAGCUCGGCUGGGACCAGAAGACGAGCUUCGCCGACGGCCUGCGUAUCACUGUCAACUGGUACCGCCAGUUCGGCGAGGAGUGGUGGGGUGACAUCACCUCCGUUCUCACGCCUUUCCCCGUCGUCCAGGGACUGGAUGUCUCUGCGGACCAGGAGCCCGUGGCCGACUCACCGCCUACCCCCGAGUCGAAGAAGAGAAAGGUGAUUGAUGGUGUCAACGGCACCAACGGCCACUCUGUCAGAGCAUAGAUCAUAUGCUGGACAGUAGACGAGUGGCCGGGAGCGGGAGGAGAGGGGGAAUGAAUGAGAGACAUGAAAAUUGACAUGAGGAAGGGUGUGUGUUCCUUCCAUUGUUACGAUGUAAAUCCUUUUAGAGACGUGCAACAUGGUCUGGCGUAUGGCCAAAGAUAAAACUUGGCAAGUUUGCAGAACACACAACACAACACACAACACAACACACAACACAACACACAACACAACACAACACACAACACAACACACAACACA